AAUGACGUUUUUGACUGGAUUGUAUUGGGAUGCGUGGUCGACUACUUUCUUUGGGUUGGGAACCAUCAAAAACAUUGGCAAGGGCUUCUUUCCGGAACAAAGAAAUCUAAAAAACGGAUUACUCUGCUUUUUACAUACAAUGCUACUGGUACUGAAAAAUUAAAGCCAUUGUUUAUUCAUAAAUACCAGAAUCCACGAGCAUAUGCAAAUGCGAUUACAAAAUCGCAAUAUCCUUUUGCUUGUUGAUAGUGCACCCGUUAGUCCCGUACAUAUUAUAAAUGAAGAAAUAAAUUUAACCAAUGUGGUUGCCGCCAAAUACUACAUCUCAUCUACAGCCUUGUGAUGCAGGAAUAAUUAAUUCUUUUAAGCACGGUACUAGAUAUUACUUGUUAGAAAUAGAAUUGAAGCUAUGAAAUGUCACAAGAACUUAAAGAAUUCCAAGCAUUUAUGCUGAAAUCAAUAGAAUCAUGAAUAUUUA